CUAAUGGACAAUGGGAUAAAUUAAAAAUUCUAGAUAAAGAUGACAUCAGCGGAUUCUCUUCUGAAGAACUGGAGUUUAAUAGCAUAAGUUAUGGAUUACAGGCCUAUCAAGAAUAUAGAGCAGCAUGUAAAUUGUAG